GGCGCGGCGGGUUCGCGGCUACGCGCUGAGUUUUCUGGUCGUUCCGCAGGUCAGGGCCGAGGACAGCCGCGUUUCUGAGGAACCCGCCAGGAAUCGCCAAGAUGCCGAAGCCAAUCAACGUCCGCGUCACCACCAUGGACGCAGAGCUGGAGUUUGCCGUCCAGCCGAACACCACAGGGAAGCAGCUGUUUGAUCAGGUGGUCAAGACCAUCGGCCUGCGGGAGGUGUGGUACUUCGGCCUCCAGUACGUGGACAAUAAGGGCUUCCCCACCUGGCUGAAACUGGAUAAGAAGGUGUCCGCGCAGGAGGUCAGGAAAGAGAACCCGGUGCAGUUCAAGUUCCGGGCCAAGUUCUAUCCCGAGGACGUGUCCGAGGAGCUCAUCCAGGACAUCACGCAGAAGCUGUUCUUCCUGCAAGUGAAGGAGGGCAUCCUGAGUGAUGAGAUUUACUGCCCGCCCGAGACCGCCGUGCUGCUGGGCUCCUACGCCGUGCAGGCCAAGUUUGGAGAUUACAACAAGGAGACGCACAAGUCGGGCUACCUCAGCUCCGAGCGGCUCAUUCCGCAGAGGGUCAUGGACCAGCACAAGCUCACCCGGGACCAGUGGGAGGACCGGAUCCAGGUGUGGCACGCCGAGCACCGCGGGAUGCUCAAAGACAGUGCCAUGCUGGAGUACCUCAAGAUCGCCCAGGACCUGGAGAUGUAUGGGAUCAACUACUUUGAGAUCAAGAACAAGAAGGGGACGGACCUGUGGCUCGGGGUCGAUGCGCUCGGCCUGAACAUCUAUGAGAAGGACGACAAGUUGACCCCAAAGAUUGGCUUCCCUUGGAGUGAAAUACGGAACAUCUCUUUCAAUGACAAGAAGUUCGUCAUUAAGCCCAUCGACAAGAAGGCCCCUGACUUUGUGUUCUACGCCCCUCGCCUGCGCAUCAACAAGCGGAUCCUGCAGCUGUGCAUGGGCAACCACGAGCUGUACAUGCGCCGCCGGAAGCCCGACACCAUCGAAGUGCAGCAGAUGAAGGCGCAGGCCCGCGAGGAGAAGCAGCAGAAGCAGAUGGAGCGGCAGCAGCUGGAGUCGGAAAAGAAGAGGCGGGAGACGGUGGAGAAGGAGAAGGAGCAGAUGCUGCGGGAGAAGGAGGAGCUGAUGCUGCGGCUGCAGGACUACGAGCAGAAGACCAAGAAGGCCGAGCAAGAACUCUCCGACCAGAUCCAGAGAGCCCUGCAGCUGGAGGAUGAGAGGAAGCGAGCCCAGGAGGAGUCGGAGCGCCUCGAGGCCGACCGUUUGGCUGCGCUGCAGGCCAAGGAGGAGCUGGAGAGGCAGGCGGCUGACCAGAUUAAGAGCCAGGAGCAGCUGGCCGCGGAGCUGGCUGAAUACACCGCCAAGAUUGCCCUGCUGGAAGAGGCAAGGAAGCGCAAGGAGAACGAGGUGGAGGUGUGGCAGCACCGGGCCAGGGAGGCCCAGGAUGACCUGGUGAAGACCAAGGAGGAGCUGCACCUGGUGAUGACCACGCCCCCACCGCCACCCCCCAUGUACGAGCCGGUGAGCUACCACGUGCGGGAGAACCUGCACGAGGAGGGCGCCGAGCCGCUGGGCUACAGUGCCGAGCUGUCCAGCGAGGGCAUCCUAGAUGACCGCAACGAGGAGAAGCGCCUCACCGAGGCCGAGAAGAACGAGCGUGUGCAGCGGCAGCUGCUGACCCUGAGCAGUGAGCUGUCCCAGGCCAGAGACGAGAACAAGAGGACACACAAUGACAUCAUCCACAACGAGAACAUGCGGCAAGGCCGCGACAAGUACAAGACGCUGCGGCAGAUCCGGCAGGGCAACACGAAGCAGCGCAUCGACGAGUUCGAGGCCAUGUGAGGGCCAGGACUGGGGGCAGAGGGCCUGGCCGCCGGCCCCGCCCACCCACGGCCUCGGGGUCCAAGCCCCUCACCACGGUGCAUCAGUGCCUCGAGCAGAGACCAGGUCGCUGGAGGAGUUGUCCGGCCAGCCCAGGGAGGCCUCUUUGCCUUACUCUCCCCGGUCGUACCCCAGUGCCAAGCGGGCCCCAGCGGGCCCCGCCCCAUGCCAGGCCUCACACAGGCCUGAGUGGUGCAGGCCUCAGUGUCCUGGCACCUGGUCUGUGCCAGUACUUCCUGUGUAUUUGAAAUGAGUUCGGAUUGAUUGAUUUGUCCUGAUUUCUAUGAAGGCUCCAUCUCUGGGCACUCCGAGGGUGGAAAAUUACUUUGGAAAUUGAACGUGUGAUUUGCCUCCUCAGCCCCGCUGGCACAAAGCCGCAGGGCCACGCAUGGCUACGCCUUUUGUUUCUUAAUGGUUAGAAGGCCACCUUGUGGACUUCCACAGCUAGGAAAUGAUCAGCUAGUGAGCAUCCUAUUUAUGUACAUGAUAGUGGAGUUUGUAACAUUAGUUUUAAAAAGGGAAACGUUUCUGUAUAUUUUGUUACCUUUUAUGGAAGAAUAAAGGGUUAGUGACAAAAACCCCACCCCCGGCACCUGGUCUGGGCGUGACUGGCGAGCUGCGAUGGUGACCUCUGUAAAAAUGAUUUUUUUUUUUUUAACACUGAGACCACUCAGACCCUGUGAGCGAUCUUCUGUUGAAGCUACUCGUCUGGAAGAUGCUGCAGGCUCCAAGCAUCCCGACCUUGGGCAGCAAGGGACUCUUGACUGUGCAUUGUCCAUCCUCCCAGGAAGAGCCACCUGCAGGCCCGCUUCCUUCCAGCCCCACCCUGGAGCUGCCGAGCCUGCAGCCCCGCUGUGCCCUGGGCACCUGCAUGGCCAAGAGGUUUCUGGGUGGCUGGAUUGCACCCUGCAAAUAAUAAAGGCUGUUCCAGG